AUCAGUCUGGUAUUUUAUGUCGUUUCGCAAGGUGAUAUCCUGCGGUGUUUGUUGAGCCGUGUUCGCGUUAUUGAAUGUGUUACUCAUACUGCUAGCGGGACUGCAGAAAGUAGUCCUGUUGUGUGUCAGAAAUUAGGCACAGAACGGGAGAAACGCACAGCUGUCAUUCGGGGAAAAAAAUCACUGCAUGCUCAGUGAGUGUUGAUUUUUCUUUUUCGAUUUUCUGUCUGGAAACAGUAUUUUUGCAGCGUGAACACCGUCUGUAAUUUGUUGUGAUAGCAUGUUUGAAAGGUGUUAACGCGGAGGUAAAUCAAAAUCCUCGUAGAAGUGUCUGGUGAAAUUAGUGUUCCGGUUGUGGGUGGCAGGAUACCGAGUCCUGAGAUUCUGUAGGAGAACAAGCAAGGCAACAUGGAAUAGAAGACUCGCGGAAAUGUGGAAUAUUCUUCACUGUUUUAAAUGUGAUGUCAUUGCGAGAAUAAGCCGGAUUUGUGCAGAGCGUGUAAAAAAGUAACCGUAUCGACAAAAAGUAUUCAUUAAUGCAUGCUUUUGCAAAUAUUGCGUGCAGCGGUGUUUAAAUUCCACCUAAUUACCCGAAACCGUAAUUAGCAAAAUUUGUUUUCCUCUAAUUUUUGUUUUUUUUUAUUUCGCGGCCGUCUCUGACCCUAAACAAAGUGGAAGCGAAAGAUAAUUCGCCAAAUACGCAAUACCGUGGUGAAUUUCCAAAGAUCCGUCGUUUUGUGCAAAUGUAGUAUUUGGAAAGGCUCGGACGGACAAAGAAAAAUCGAAGAGAAUUACCGACGUCGAGUCGAAGCCAAUACGCGGAGUAACAGUGCAUAGUUACCUAGCCUGCAGCACGCGAAACACGGAAAGCGCACAGAAAUAUUGCAAUUCUUUUGUUACGUUCAGUGGUUCCAAGAAAAAAGGAAAAAAAACAAAUUACACAGAAAGCGGAGAUCGGAUCCAGUGAAUUCUCCAACCGCAGCUGAACGGGAAGAAAAAACUGAAUCAUUGGAAAAAUUCAGAGCGAAUUGGCCGCGAGCCAGCAGCGCUGUUAUUAAUGUGAGAAAAUGUCACCGGCAAGACUGUCUCUUCGCGAGGAGGAUAUUGUUCGGUUGGCGUUAGAGUUUCUGAACAACCGCGAGCUGCACAUUUCCCAGCUAUCGCUGGAACGCGAAACGGGUGUGAUCAAUGGACAGUAUUCAGACGAUGUGUUAUUUCUGCGACAGCUCAUCCUCGACGGCCAGUGGGACGAUGUGGUGGAGUUCAUUCAGCCACUGGAAGCGUUGCAGAAUUUUGACAUGAGGCAGUUCAAGUGCACCAUACUCCGACACAAGUACAUCGAAUUGCUGUGUAUAAAGUCGGAAGCGGGCGGCCUGACGGGACCGCCCCUAAUCAAUAAUGUGGACGGAGCGGUGGAGGAAGUCGUCCAGGUGCUUGGCGAGUUGGAAAAACUCUGCCUCACGAAGGAGGAAUAUUCGGCACUGUGUUUGCUGCUGACGUUACCCAAACUUGGCGACCAUCUGCAGUACCGUGACUGGAAUCCGAGUAAGGCACGGGUGCAAUGUUUCAGAGAGAUUUUUCCGCUGGUGGAAAAGUUUUUACCGGGAGACAAGAAGACUGGUGCGGCACAAUCGCUAUUCGCGAAAAAUGACCGACUUGUACAGCUUGUUAUUAAGGGUAUUUUAUAUGAAUCGUGUGUAAACUAUUGUCAGGUAAAGGCAACGGGUGUUGCUGAUGCUGCUACACAGAAGAUCCACUUUUCUCGGGUUCUUGAUGGAUCGAUAGGGUUCACUGAUUCGGAUCUAUCGUUGCUCAGUUGGCUGCAAAGCAUUCCGGCCGAGACUUUCUCUGUUCCGUUCGAACAAAAGACGCUCAACGUCGAUGUGGAGAGACUGGAGAGGCCUUCACUUGAGACUUCAUGGACUGAACACAUGCUUAUCACUCCAAUCAAACCGAAAACGUUCCCUCACUCUGUGAUGCCAUUCACGAGGCCUCGCAGUGCAGCAGACAUUAUGACGCGCUCGCUGCUGCCCUCCCUCGAUGCCGUCUCUACGUGUCUCAAUGCAAAGGCAAGCAAUGAAUCGUUUCCGAUGUCACGUUCAAGUUUUGCCAGUUUUCACCUUACCGGGAUAAAACCUUCAAGUGGAAAAUUGAUGACUUCAAGCGUAGAUCGGCUGUUCGAGAAUGGCGAUGGUGGAGAUGUUUAUCGUAGCAGCAAUUUUAGCGAAUAUCAGCAGGGACUUCCAUCAAUAGAAGAAAUCGCGUCCGUGCAAUCGAAAUCACCCGAACUGCAGCCCGUGGCUGGUGCAAUUGUGAAAACCAGCGACAUUCAUCAGAGCAGUGGCGAACGGGACAGUCCCAACACGACCAAUUCAACGGCCAAAAGCUCCCGGCGCGACUCGCUCACGGAUAAGAUCGCUACCACAAAUCAGCCUGUGCCGACAGGCCUUCCAAAUCAUAUCCAACCUCCGCCGCCACCGCCAUCGAUUGGACCACCACCAAUACCUUCGUCAUCCUCAGAGAUUCAUCCUGGUGCCAAUGCAAACAGCCUUCAGGAGCCUCCAUCACAUCCUCCGGUAGUUUCUCCACCUCCAUCCGGCGGAGUGAUAUACGAUCAUCCCAAAAACAACGAACAUCUUGCGAACGGCGGAAGUGAAUUGUACGAAAAAUUCAAGCAGCAAAAACAAAACAAGGAAAGUGAUUACAUUAUGAACGGAAAUCCAACGAUCAUGCCGCAAACGCAGCCAUCGAGCCAUAGUCAGCAGAUAAACGGUGACCGAAGUGAAACAAGCAGUAGCAACGGUGUAGCGCGACCAACGCUACUGGUGGAGGAUAGCGGUACUAUGAAAGAGCUAGAGCAGGCGGACCAAAAUCGACCCAAAUUUGUGGCUGUGACAUCGCUGGAGGAUGUGCAAGCCGUACGAUGUGCCGAAUUUCACCCGAAUGGACGAAUCUACGCGGUGGGUUCAAACUCCAAAACGUUCCGAAUCUGCGAAUACCCACCACUUUCCGAAAUCAGCAAAAGAUGUGAAAGUGGUGCAAGUUGGGAGGACCACUCAACCUACCAGCCGACGGUGCUAUUCAAGCGAACGAAACAUCACAAGGGAUCGAUCUACUGCAUGGCAUGGUCACCCGUGGGCGAUCUUAUAGCGACCGGCUCGAACGACAAAACGGUUAAGCUAAUGCGCUUCAACGAAUCCCAGAAGCAGCUCGAAGGACAGGAGAUCGAGCUCACGAUGCACGACGGCACGGUGCGAGAUUUGUGCUUCCUGGAGGACAGCUCGAACAAAUCCAGCCUUCUGAUCAGCGGCGGGGCAGGCGAUUGCAAGAUAUAUGUUACCGAUUGCGAGACCUCAACACCGUUCCAAGCACUCAGCGGACACGGCGGUCACGUGCUGUCGCUGUACAAUUGGGGCGGAGUUAUGUUCGUUUCCGGAUCGAUGGACAAAACUGUGCGUUUUUGGGACUUGCGAACACGCGGUUGUGUCAACAUGGUUACCCCCGCCACAUCACCUGGCUCAAGACAAGGUUCACCGGUGGCUGCCGUAUGCGUUGAUCCUUCCGGUCGAUUAUUGGUUUCUGGACACGAGGAUAGUUCGUGUGUGCUGUACGACAUCCGUGGAAACCGACCAAUUCAGUGCUUCAAGCCACACUCAUCAGAUGUUAGAUCGAUUCGUUUUUCACCAUCGGCAUAUUACCUCUUAACCGCUGGAUAUGACAACAAGCUGGUAUUGACCGAUUUGCAAGGUGAUCUCACGAUGCCGUUGCCGUCGGUUGUCGUUGCCCAGCAUUCCGACAAGGUAAUAUCGGGCCGCUGGCAUCCGGUGGACUUUUCAUUCCUCUCGACAUCCGCCGACAAAACGGCUACGCUGUGGGCUCUGCCGCCGAUUUAAGCUGUUACUCCAAUCGAAUGCUGAAAUAAAGCAAGCUUCUUGGGUUGCUUCUUUGCAGUAAGCUUAUUUUCAGUGCGUGCAAAGUAAGAUGCGAAAUGUGCAUGAUAAAAACAGGAUACAGAACUGUGCAUCGUUAAUCGUUGAUCGAUUUGCAUGUGUGUAUGAUAAUUCUAAUUCAGAUAUUGAAUAUAUUGAUAUGUAUUUAACAUUUAAGUUGUAAGAGAAACACAAUCACCAAAAGAAGUAAACCAUCAUACUCAGAGCGUGGACAAAACGAGUAUGUGUAUUGUAAAGAUUGGAAAAAGAACGGUCAGAAAAGAAGUAAUUAUGAUAUGAACUGUUAUAAUACGUUUUGUAACUCAGCUAGAUAUUUAUUUUGUAUAGCAGUAACGUACUCAAUUUUCGCUUCAUUUAACUCCAAGUCAUUAAUAGAUCGUAUAAUCAUUAAGAAUACAACCGAUAAUCGAUUCUCGGACCAAGAACAAAGAUUCAAAGCAACCGCACCGAGAGUUGUGAUUACAUAUGUAAUUUAGUGGAUGUGUUGUAAGGUGAACUAUCUGUGACUAUCUGUAUCUAAAAGCUAAGUUGUGUUCAAAAAACGGUUUGCAUGCAAAAUGUUGUCCUUCAACGUUGUUGAAAAAAAUCGGUGUAUUCUAUAAAUUUUAUGAAUUCUGCUCUCCAUACACAAAUGCCCCUAAAUAAUCAAAUUCCCUUGCGCAAAUGCCGUCAACGCGAAUAUAACAGUUGAAAAGACAAGGAACAAAUGAAACUGAACUGAUGUCAUAACACGAACAGCGAGAGACGGUCAGUUCAUUUGAAUCUUAAGGCGGCAUUCCAUCUAUUCAACAUGCUACAUGCUACAAGUCAAUGGUAAACAACAAUGGAUAUGAUACUUGCGCAUUUUUUAUUUUUUUUUCUACCUCAGCCGCUACACAGCAGUAUGCGAACGCUCACUGCUCCAACAUAUCUGUUCUGAUGUUUUUGUUUUUAUGAUCAAACAUUCUGUUGUUCCAUUGUUGUCGUGAGUUAUAAUCGUCAACAAAUGACGUAGUUGCUCCAUUAUUGCCGUGCUACACACGCCGUACCGAUCCGCAAGCCAUUGGAUAAGGAUAAGGCCAUUGCUCGACAAGACCAAUAAUGUCGUGAAAAGAGACUCUCCAAUAAGCGAGAACCAUUGACUUGUAGCAUGUAGUAUGUUGGAUAGAUGGAAUUCCGCCUUUAUAGCUCACACACUCUCUGAAAUUCUACAGCUGUCUUCUCUCCUGCAUCAUUAUCAAAGUGAGCUGAAGAGCUGUUUGUUUUUUGUGAGCUGUUCCGUGUCAACUCACUUCAAAGAGUCGAUUCUUCGGAACAGCUCAUGAGCGGAUUGCACAUCUCUAUCAUGGAUGCACAAAAUGAAUUUUUCGUUUAUCUUGCACAGGUUUCCAAGAGCAGAUCAGCUCUAAUUCGACUUCAAUAGGUUCCAUUGAAGCUUUCGACAAAUUCGAUAGACAAUUCCCCAUUAUGCUACCGUAGUAUUCAUAUCCUUUCGAACCCUGGGACAUAUACUCAAAGGAAUGGUGGUUGUAAUUAUCUGCAACAGCCAACACUCAGUAGAUUUCGGAUACUUGUCUGGCAUUAUGUAAUCUCGACACUGCUGCUAAGGUCUGUGGUGCGAGCGUUAGAAAUAAUUGAACCACCAUCAAAUUGAAACAACGUUUGACAACAAUUUACGCUACUGAACAUAUUCGAAUGUUGAUUUUGUUAUUAUAAUAUUAUUAAUUAAAAAAACAAUGAUAAGACUAACUUAAAGGCAAACACACAUUAGUAGUAACACAAGUGGAGUGGCAAUUUUGUACCAUAUACAUAUAUUAUUUAAACGGUUCUUUUCCGGCGGAAGGAUUCAAGCUACCAUGAAAGCAAACACGAAAAGCUAACUCUCUGACAAGUUAUGAUUGUAACAAUAAAGAAGCUAAACUAUUAACAA